AUGUCAGGGCUUCUCCGAGGAACUGCCUUUGUUACCGGCGCCGGCUCUGGUAUCGGACGCGCCACGGCCAUCUGCCUGGCUCAGCACGGCGUGUCAAAUCUCGCCUUGGGGGACGUGGACACGAAGAGGUUGGAGGAGACACAGGCGGAACUUGUCGCCCAAGGGUUGGCCGUGCAGGUCAUAUUGAUCGAGCUUGAUGUGAGCAGCGAGGAUGCCGUGAGAGAGGCCAUCGAGAAGACAGUGGCGGCGUUUGGACGCAUCGACUAUGCCGUCAACAACGCCGGCGUGGCUGGCCCGAUGGGAAGGGCCGAAAACGUCGCGUUUGCAGAGUGGCGGCGUCUUCUCGACGUCAAUCUGAACGGUGUCUGGCUCUGCCAACGAGCGGAAAUUCAGCAGAUGCUGAAGCAGGAUCUUCGCGCGACAGGACCAUACUCCCCUGGAUCAAGAGGGGUCAUUGUCAACGUCGCUUCGAUUCUGGGCUUGAUGGGCGCGUCUGGCACAAGCCCCGUCACGGCGUAUAGUGCGGCAAAGCACGCUGUCAUGGGUCUGACGAAGACGGUUGGUCUCGAUCAUUAUUGUCCCUAUUUCCCUUCCCGGAUUCAACAUCAUCGCGGGAUUUUUCAUGGCACUAUCUUACUGACGGCGCCGUUCCAUGCUUCUAGGAUGCUCGCGUCUACGCGAGAGAAGGGAUCCGAAUCAACGCAAUCUGCCCAGGGUCUCGUCCGUCUCGCUUGCAGAUUCAUCGAAACUCCCCUACUCACCCCGACCCUGAACGACGCCGUUCGCAAAGAGCUCCUCAGGAGAAUCCCCGCAGACCGGCUGGGCGCGCCCGAGGAGAUUGGCAACUCGAUCGUCUACCUGAUGUCGCACUUGAGCAGUUUCAUGUACGGUCACGGCCUUGUCGUUGAUGGGUGA